AUGCUGGCCCUGCCCGCCGUCAUCGCCAUAGCCGCUUGCGGCGCGGCCAUCUUCAUUGUCCUCUCGGUGGUCAGCAUCAUUGUCUGGGUCAGGUAUCGCAAAGAGCGCCAUACAAUGAGGCUGAUAGGCCUCACCCAGAGGCAGGGAUGGAGCAGUGGGGGCUUGCGAUCUGCCCCGGUGGACACCUUGACUGAACUGAGCCGGGCAGAAGGGAGUAUAUUGAGGGCUCAUGGGCAGCUUCCAUAUGGCAAACCAUCAGAAUGGGGACAAUUAACGUCGAGGGAAAGUUUGCAUCGUCCGAAAAGCGACUCAGAGUCAUCUUUUCCCUUCACUGAGAAGGCACGAUCUCUCCGCAAUUCCCUUUCUCGAUCUCGUUCAAAGCGCUUAUCACGAUCGUCCCACAAACGUAUGAGCUCGUUGGCUACGUUGAGUGAAUCAAAUCAUCUUCCUAGUCCGCCAACUAAAGCAUCAAUAUCAAUAUCAAAACAAGACGUCCCACUUUCGGCUGUCGAGGGGGUUUUGGAAUUACCAGCAGAACGAACUCCAACGCAAACACCAGAUCUCAACGAGAAUGAUACUGGAUUCCAUCUAGGUAUGAAGCCUGUUUCACCUGGAUGGCCUCUUCCAGCACGCGAGCGGUCAAGUGUAUUUCCUGUUUCGGAAGAUCGUAACUCGUCUGGGUUUGAUCCAACCGAAGAGUCUCCUACUCGUCUUCGUGGGGGAAGUAUCGCUAGUCAAACUGCCGGGGUGAUGCCUGGUCACCCGGUACCUCCUCCCCACCAACUGCAUAUCCCCCAGACAGAUUUAGUUACGCUAGGAAUGACUCUGUGA